CGAGAGGGGACGAAAAGCCGCGAGAGUGCUGCUUUUUGGAUUUGACUUUCCUGCGUGUUGCCAGAAGAGCGUUUUGACUUAAAACUCCAAAAAGUUGUCAAGUGCAACGAGUCUAAAUAGCUGUCUGAACAUUCAGGCGUGACAUUUGUUGCGUUGCUGACCCGAGUUUCAUUGCGAGUUCCGUUUCCACAUCAAGGACGGACCCGGCGCAGCGCCGGCCUAACCUCAUGUUUACACAAACAUCCGACAAUAUUGUCAUUUUACAUUGUUGUUAGCGGUUAGUUUGUCACGGAUAUGGAGCAAGUGCGCCCAUGUUAUCGGGAAGUUAUCCCCGACCAGACUGUGCCAGAGAAAUGGAAGGAUUUCACUUUGAAUACAGGAGGCACUCAAAGUACUCUUCAGGACAUCAAGGUUCCUCAAAGAGCGGGUGGCUACAGCUAUAAGGACCCUUCCAAGGCAUAUGCUAGGAAUCGCUACAUCUAUUGGCGUUUGUACGAUGACAUCCUUGAGUUGGUUGAGCACAGUUUAGAUGUGAAUCUGGUGGGCAACCAAGUGCGGUACAAAUUUCAAGAUUCACCUGUACUUGAAGGGCUAACUAUUCAUGAGACACAACAAGGCAUAGUGGUUCUUGUGUGCACAGUAUCCAGCAUACAUAGACUUAAAUUUACAUACCAUGAUCGGGGUAACAGACAGGGUUUUGUAUGGAAUCAGCAAUCUGAUUCAAGUGUACAGUCUGUCUUUGCCAAUGCUCCUGAUGCCCGAGAUCCUGCUACUUUUUAUGUCAUUAGCAAUAAUGCUACAAACACAUUGAUGCCUUAUUGUUCAGCAUCCUGGUUGUGCUCUAAUAAUGAUGCACUUUUUGCAUUGGCUUACACCAAUGGAACUAUUCUUUUGGCUCGACAUAAUGACUUCAAUGGAACAGUUGCUACUCAGGAGCUGAAGCAGGAGUCUUUGACGUCUCGUCUCUUCUUUUUGCCUGGUGCUCUGCGUGGACGCUCCAACGAAGAAAAUGUUGUGGCUAGCAUGACUCUACAUUCCUUUGGGUCCGAUACAUAUUUAUUUUGUCUGGGUCGCAGUGGGCAACUUCGAAUUUGGUCAUGUGGCAGAGGACAGUGCAUUUCAGUAUCUGAUGUCCUUGAUGACGCUGCAGAACAGGGUAGAAAUAUGACUCAGGGUGCGCAGAGCCAUGUCCUCAAGAAGGCUGUCGUUGCAGGAGGAAAUGACAAUGACUUGCUCUUGGGUGUGUUUCUGUGCUUUGCCUCUGAGUGUCAAUUUGUAGUACUACAAGUGACCUAUUUAUCAGGCAGUUUCCGGCCAAGUCGUCUUUUUAGCAUCCGAGCACCCUCUGGUCAGGACCUUGUGGACUUUGCAUUGUGCCAAUCACAGCUCUGGGCAGUUUGGCGAAACACCCAAGGAGACACCGCAGUGUCUACUGUCAAUAUUCGGCCUUCUCCAGCAGGUGUGGAUACAUAUUGGCGGCCUGCUGUGCUGGAGCCAGGCCCUGAUCGGGAGUUUGUUGUUAAUGAUACAAUGACAGAUCCUAGACAAGCUUAUGUAUCUUAUGUAUUUCACCCGGGUAGAUUUUCACUUCAUGUUAUCGUCAAAGCCCUGAGUAUAUUCCGUCGCUGUCCUGAAUUGUUUAUGAAUGAAAUGAUUACCUUAAAUACCUUCAAUCUAAAAGAGCGUGUCUGUCAGGCUGUAGAGAAUGAAAUUCAAAAUGAGUUUUCUGAUGAAGAAUAUCUUGAACUACAGAAUGAUGUUUCUGAUGAAGAAUAUCUAGAGGUUGCCAACAGAUGUUGGGGAAAGUUUUACUCUUGUUGUAUACAAUACCACUUAUCUGGUAGUCGCCCGAUAGGAUUGGUGCUUUUAUCUCCAAGUGGUACAAGUCAAAAUAAUUCUCAACCAACAUCUGGAGUAGCUCUUGUCAACAAGUCUUAUGUGUCUCUUCUGAGGCCAAUGGAUCCACUGGAGAUGUUGUUCACAGCUGGCCUCGGACAAGAAGCUAAUUCUGAAUUCAUGGGUCUGAAUGCUGAUGCAUCCAACCUAGUUCAGGUCAUAAAUAUGUUGGAACUGCGUCUUAGUGAAGACAUAAAAUCAAGUGUUGAACGAGACUUGUAUCGCUUACUCAGCCCAGAAGUGGUCAUUGGGAAACUUGCGCAGGAGCUUCUUCAAAGUGACUCUAUGUCUGAGGAGUUUGGCUUUGAUCUCAUGGACCUUGAGCAGUAUUUGAGAAACAUUGUAAACAUACCUGCUGCAAUUGAUUACCUUCUCCAGCGCUUGUUUUUGUCCCCUAUCAUGGAUAUGGACCAAAAUUCUUAUGAAUUGCCAUCUUUUGAUAUGGCUCGGCAACUGUUGUCAGUUGGACAACUCUUCAGCAGUCACAUUGGCAUUAGCACUAUAGCUGAAACGACUCGUCAAGUGGCCGUAAUGAGGUUCUCCCUCUGUCGGAAUUUGUUACUGCUGCAACAUAUUAUUCUUCAAUUAAGUGAGGAACAUAGCUCUGUUAGUAUAAACCACGAACUAAAAAAUCGUCUGAUGCCACAGACAGUUACUCUCAUUCAGGCUUACUUAGUAAUGGUUUGGAUUUGUCAAACACCUGCAUCACCAAUUGUUAAACCAAAUGUGUUGGAAAAUAGUAUUCAGAGAAUGUCCAUUCUCCAACUCACUGACGUCAGUGAUACAGCUGCUGCCGCUGCCGCAGUGCUUGGUUCAGUUCGAGGAAUGCAGAAGUCUUACUCCCUGCUUGAACUGUUUCUUCAGGCAACUGGUGUUCAUCAGGUCCAUAGAUAUAUGGCAGCCUCCAGCCUUGAUGCUGACCACUCAAUGCUCUCAUUUGUGGCUCUGCUAUCAAAGCUGAUAUGGCCAAUCACAAAUCAUUUCAUCUUCCCAGAAUUUCUUUUAUCAUCUUGUCAACAUCUACUCGUGCAGGAGUAUGUUCGUCUUCUGAGCAAGUGGUGUGAAUCAAACAUCUGCUCCAGAAAGUUUCUGCUUGGCUCAGCUCUUCUUGAUAUGGGCGAAGCUCACAAAGCCGUUGACCUCCUUGUUGAUGCAUCAGUUGGUUUACGAACAGAACAGCGUGGCAGAAGAGAACCCUUCCUGGAGGCAAUCGUGGGAACCUCAGAAGAAUAUUCAGAAAGUCGUCUGUUGGUUACUUACUUGUUAAAGGUUAUUCAAAUGUUUGAACAACAAAAUUGCCCUGACUGUGUCAUUCAACUCGCUGAAAUUGCUAUUCGGGAGGCAGAGAGAGAUGACCCAGAUUUGCCUACUCUUCAUUCAAUUGCUUUUGUGAAUCAUUUAAGAUUAGAGCAUCACCAGGAGGCCUAUCAAUCCCUCAACUCAAAUCCAGACAGUGCACGUCGAGUAGACUGUCUGAGGCAACUGGUUGUUAAUCUGUUUGAGCUGCGCAGGCUUGAUCUUCUGCUUGAGUUUCCCUACGAAAAUCUUGUGCAGGAUCUUGAAAGAAUUGUAGAAUCAAGGGCUCGGUCUUUAGACAUUACUAAUCCUUCAUUUUAUAAUUUCCUGUAUGCAUUCCAUAUCAAGAAACUUAACUUCAGAAAAGCCGCCACUGUCAUGUAUGAGCAAGGCAUGCGCCUAGGGUGUGAGGGAACACAUUCUGCUGAGUUGACUGAACGACAGGCCAAAUGUUACUUAGCAUGUUUGAAUGCUCUUCAGUUAGUGGAGCCAAAUUAUGCAUGGAUUGUGAAGCCAGUGGUGUCCAGUGAGGCUGAUGAGGACAUUACUGGGAUGAGUCCAAAGCGAGGGAAUGAUGGAGAAGAGUUAAAUAAGCCUGAAUGGAGAAGAGAGGUUGAUGUCAUGGAAAUUUGUCACAUCCGAAAUGAAUAUGAAGUAGUUCAGUGUCGAUUAAGGCUUCUAAGACAUUCUCCUGACAAGUACAAACGCACAGGAUGUCGCCUUGCUCCAAGUGAGUUAGUUGCAGUUUUGUCUCAAGUUGGCAUGUAUCAAGCUGCAAUAAAAUUAUGCAAAGCUCACAAAUUAAAAUUCCAGCCUGUUCUUGAAUGUCUUGCAUCUGCCUGUGUAAGGUUGACAAACAUAGAAAGUGCGAAUAGAGAUCCUACUGUCGCGUGGGAAUGGCUUUCUGAAAAUGAUUUACGAGGUUUGGGCAUUGAUGAGGGCAAUCCAGUAAAACUAGCCUGGCGUUUGUUACAAGUAAUAUUGAUGAACUGUGAAGAAGAAAUGCAAACUGCUCUUCACAAGGCAGUAUCCAGCAGAUUAUUAGCUUUAGGUGUUUUCCUCCCGAAUUGGUUGGUCACAUCGUACAAGGAGAGGAAUCUCCCAGAGCUUUUGAGGCUUCUUUUAGGAAGCGGCCGUUUGAUUGAGGCAGGAUUCUUAGCACUGGAGUGCCUCCAAGCGGGGAAAGAUAAACUUAGCCUGAGGGGGCUCAUUGUUAGCCCUACCUGUUUGCCAAUUAGGACUAUUGAAAUUUUAUGUCUUGAGUUACAACAAGUUACUGAUAAUGAUGAAGAGUAUAAAAAGCUUUAUGAUGAGGUGUGGAACUCCUACAAUGAAUACCUUGACAACGCAGCUAGGGCUUCAAGAGAAGCAACACAACUCCGAGUCCAUUAGCUUCCUAAUCAGUAGACAAACCUGUGUUAUUUUCUAAAAAUGUACUUAUAUUGCAAGUCAUGCUAAUCAAUCAAUUAAUAUUUCCCAAUUUUGUAUUUUUUUCUUCUUUCAAGUAGUUUUUAUUUAUUUUUUUAAAAAACAUUGUGCUGUUGCUUAUGAUUUAUUGGCGAAUAAAAAUUUUAUAAUCACUG